AUGUCAUACUACGAUUCUGGAGAUGGGAGAAGAUGCCGUCGUUGUAAGAGAAAGAGACUUGAUGAUGAGCCCCCUGAAGUACGUCAAUAUAAAACAUGUGCCAAAUGUCGUAUUAUUGAAAGACAAAAGAAAAAGCUGAAGAAACCUCUUGCUGAAGAGACCAUGGCGUACGGUAUGAGACAGCUCCAGGAACAUGGAGGCUGGAACGAUGACUAUUUUGUACAAGAUGAUUAUAUGGAAGAAUCUUCUAAUAAAAGAACAAGAAUAAGUUCUUCUUCAUCACUUGCAGCCACUGCCGCCGCUGCAGUCUCUGCCGGUCUGGAUUAUUUGCAAUAUGCAGCUACCAUUGGAGAUGGUCAUUAUGAUACUUCAGGUUACCAACAACCUCUUCAACAGCAACACACACCUGUUCAACAUUUUGUGAGCCACCAACCGAAGGAUCAAACAAUUCUUCAACAAUAUCCCCAACAAACGCAACAACAACAUUUCCAGCAACCAACUCAACAACAACAGCAACACCAUCAAGCCUUCCAGAGUGGACCACAGUCUAUGAUUGCUACUUCCAAUACUGUUAACCUCAACAAUAACAACAAUAAUAUUAAUAGUGGUUCUAACUUCUCCAAUAACAGCUUAGUUGGAGGUGGCGCUUCAGGAACUGGUAAUUCUAGUUACUCAACUGAACAACAGUACAGCCAAACCCAAAUUUCCAAUAAACCAACCUUUUGUGAAGUUUGUGGAACUAAAAUUGAUAUUGAAGUUGCCCAUCUUCAUUAUAAUUUGUGUAAGACUUGUUGUAUUAACCCAUACAGAUUACCUAAUGUGUAUGAGGACUUCAGUGACUUUUUGCAAGAAGUUGCCCCAGAUAGAAAUCAAGAUAUUGCCACUCUUACCUUUAUUAAGGAAGUAGUUUCCCCUGAUUUCAAUGAAAGUUUGGAUACCAACAAUGUCAACCCAAAUAAUGAAAGACAAUAUAGAGAAUUGAUUUUGAACAGUAUCAAACAAAUUUAUCUUAACCCUGUGAUGGCUGCUACUGGUUAUAGAUUUACGAGAGUCUCAUCAAACUUGGCAGUUGCCAGUCAUACGACUCCAACUGUCGACCCAGCCACAGGUAGAUAUUCUUAUAAGAAUACUCAACAAGUGAAGGCGUUAUUUAAGGUGAGACAAGAUGGUAUUGAUACCAGUAACCAGCCUCAAUUAUUUGUGUCAUAUAAUUUGUCAACUAAUAUCAUCAUCAUUAAAUUGAGAAGGAAGAUAGAGAAAUUGAAAUCUGAAGAAGAACUUGAAGCUGUUAAUGCCAAAGAAGGUGCAGGCAAAGAUGAAUCAGGCUUUACAACCAAGGAAACCCAAAGAAUUUCUGAAAAAUAUCCAUUUAAGCUUGUUAAUUUGGUUGUAAGAAUUUUGAAAAAUUCUAUUCAAGAAAACACCAAUUCAGAUAUUGAAUUAGGAUUUAACGAACCUACAGGAUUAAUGAUAUUUGAUAUAUUGGUGAACAAAGAAAAGGAUUAUCCUGUUGAAAUCCAACAACUUGUGGCUUCUUACUCGAAAGAAGAGUUUGCGAAGGAUUUCGUGUCAUUUGAAGUGCUUCAAAAUGGUGUUAAUAAACCGACAGCUGAGUUAAAUGGAACAGUGUCUGAGUCCAAACUGGAAAGUGGUGAUGUAUUCAAUAAGGAAGAAGAAGGAAUUGAAGAGGAUGAAGAAGAGGAAGAUAUAGAACAAAGAGGGCAAGAAUCAGUAAUCGAAGACGAAAUUUCAGUGACAGGAGAUGGUGUGACAAUAGACAACAGAACUACCACAAAUGAUAUUGAUGAGGUAGUUGAAAGAGAAACUGCCAAUGAUCAAGAGAUAUCAAAAGAAGGAGAAGAAGAAGAAGGAGAAGAAGAAGAAGAAGAAGUAGAAGUAGCAACAGAAGAAAAGGAGGUAGUAGGAGAGGUUAGUGAACUGAACCAAAUUGGAGAUGGAGAAGAACUCGAUGGUAGUGCUGAAAUUGACACUAGUAAAAUCACCGGAUCGAUAUCAAGUGAUGCAUCAGAAGUGACAGGAGGCGAACUGCUUGUGUCACCUGCACCUGCUCAAUCUGCUAUUUCUAGUGCCUCUGAAGUGAACCUUGAUCCAGUGUUUGGUAUGUAG